GUGUCUUACCACUUCCUGGAUGAUUACUAGUUUAGAACUUUAUUUCUCUUCAAAUAUCACUUUUAAAAGUAUUCCCUGGCAGUUUGAAUCGCGGUGCGACGAAGGAGUAGGUGCUGGGAUCUCACCGUGGGUCCCAUUAGCCUUUUCUCUGCCUUGCUUGCUUGAGCUUCAGCGGAAUUCGAAAUGGCUGGCGGGUAAGGCUGGAAAGGACUCCGGAAAGGCCGAGACAAAGGCGGUUUCCCGCUUGCAGAGAGCCGGCUUGCAGUUCCCAGUGGGCCGUAUUCAUCGACACCUGAAAUCUAGGACGACCAGUCAUGGACGUGUGGGCGCGACUGCCGCUGUGUACAGCGCAGCCAUCCUGGAGUACCUCACCGCAGAGGUACUUGAACUGGCAGGAAACGCAUCAAAAGACUUAAAGGUAAAGCGUAUUACCCCUCGUCACUUCCAACUUGCUAUUCGUGGAGAUGAAGAAUUGGAUUCUCUCAUCAAAGCUACAAUUGCUGGUGGUGGUGUCAUUCCACACAUCCACAAAUCUCUGAUUGGGAAGAAAGGACAACAGAAGACUGUCUAAAGGAUGCCUGGAUUCCUUGUUAUCUCAGGACUCUAAAUACUCUAACAGCUGUCCAGUGUUGGUGAUUCCAGUGGACUGUAUCUCUGUGAAAAACACAAUUUUGCCUUUUUGUAAUUCUAUUUGAGCAAGUUGGAAGUUUAAUUACCUUUCCAACCAACCAAAUUUCUGCAUUCGAGUCUUAACCAUAUUUAAGUGUUACUGUGGCUUCAAAGAAGCUAUUGAUUCUGAAGUAGUGGGUUUUGAUUGAGUUGACUGUUUUUAAAAAACUGUUUGGAUUUUAAUUGUGAUGCAGAAGUUAUAGUAACAAACAUUUGGUUUUGUACAGAUAUUAUUUCCACUCUGGUGGAUAAGCUCAACAAAGGUCAUAUCCCAAACUAAAAAAAAAUAAAAUAAAAUAAA